AUGUCGGGCAGUUAUUGGUCUUCAACGCAGCGGCUCCAAUGGCAGCAUACGAAGGAAUCGUUAGCGAGGGAAAGACAGAAGUUGUGGCUUAUGGAAUGUCAACUAUUCCCUCAGGGACUUAACAUAGUGAUGGAUAGUAAGCAGGGCAGUGGGAAGCCACCAAGCACGAAGAAUAUUCCGAUUACUCACAAGGAUUUGCAUUAUGAUAAGGAUUACAAUUUGCGCAUAUACUGCUAUUUCCUGAUAAUGAAGCUGGGAAGACGGCUGAAUAUACGACAGUGUGCGUUGGCGACAGCUCACGUAUAUCUUUCACGGUUCCUGCUGAAGGUUUCGGUGCGCGAAAUCAACCUCUACUUGUUGGUGACGACUUGUGUUUAUCUGGCCUGUAAAGUCGAGGAGUGUCCGCAGUAUAUCAGGACACUAGUGAGCGAAGCGCGAUCUCUGUGGCCGGAGUUCGUGCCGCCCGAUCCUACGAAGGUAGCAGAGUUCGAAUUUUACCUGAUAGAGGAGUUACAGAGCUAUUUGAUCGUUCAUCAUCCGUAUCGUUCCAUGGAACAGAUAGUCAAUGUACUAAAGGAGCCGCCGUUUGAGCUGCGGCUAUCUCAGGAGGAGCUGCAGAAUUGCUGGUCAUUGAUCAACGACAGCUACAUCGACGACGUGCAUCUGACAUACCCACCGCAUAUCAUUGCCAUCGCAUGCCUAUUCAUCACAAUUUGCCUGACGGGCACGACCAAGAACUCACUGGCAAACGUGGGUAAUAAGAGUCGAAAGUCGCUUGAAAAUGAGCCUGCUGCGACCCAGGCAGCGAGGCAGCAGGAGGUGUUUAAUAGGUUUGUUGCCGAGUCGCAGGUCGAUUUGGAAGAAGUCAUGAAUACGAUACAAGAUCUAAUUACCCUGUAUGACCACUGGGACAAGUAUCAUGAGCCGUGGAUUAAGUUCUUAUUACACAGCCUGUAUUUGAGACCAUCAGCCUCGAGCUAA